AUGCCUCCCGCCGCCGCGCCCUCGUCCGACCCGCCCACGCCCGACGCGCCGCACGAGCCCUGCUGCAUCUGCAUGGAGGUGGACGACUACCAGGGGACGCUCCUCGUCCACCACGUUUUCAAGCCCGAACUCGACACCACGACAGACCACGGCUUUGCACUAGGCCUUCUUGGCCAGCAGUAG